AUGAAACAUCUACAACAAGUGUUGUCUUUUGUUAGAAGAUGGAGUUCAUGGGCUUUAUCUAUUAAAAAAGCCUCUUCAUCAUCACCAAAAAAAGCUUUACAUCUCUACUCCAAAAUGCAUAGAAAUGGUGUUCCUUUUGACUCUUUCUGCAUUCUCUUCACCUUAAAAUCUUCCACUCAUUUACACAGCUUACCCAUCAUUCAUCACCUUCAUACACAUAUCAUCAAACUCGGUUUCAUCUCUCAAAUCCAUGUCACAAGUUGUCUUUUAAAUGCUUAUAUUCGUCUCUCUUUCAUUGAUGCAUGUGUACUGUUUGAUGAAAUGCCCCACAGGAAUAAUGUCACUUGGAACACCAUGAUUUUGGGGUAUUUGAGAUAUGGUGAUAUGAAUAAAGCACGUGAGUUGUUUGAGGAAAUGCCGCAGAGAAAUGGUGUUUCAUGGUCUUCUGUGAUUUCGGGUUAUACGACUGUUGGAAGUUAUAUGCAAAGUUUGUAUCUUUUUAGACGGAUGUUGUUUGUUGAAGGAACGAAACCGGAUCAAGUGACUUGUGGUGCGGUUUUAUCGGGAUGUGCUCACAUGGGGUCUCGUGGAUUGUUAGGUGGAAAAUCAGUUCAUGGUUUUAUAGUGAGAAAUGGGUGGGAGUUGAAUGCUGAGAUAGGUGCUGCUUUGGUUAAUAUGUAUGCUAAAGGUGGAGUUUUGAGAAAUGCUGCCAAGGUUUUUGAGUUGAUGGAUGAAAGAGAUGUUGUGGCUUGGACGUUGAUGAUUUGUGGAUCUGCAAAAUGUGGGUUAAAUAAAGAAGCUUUGGUUGUGUUUGAGAAGAUGCAAAUGGAUGGAAUCAAACCGAACGAAUUGACUGUCACUGGGGUGCUUAGUGCUUGUGCUCAUGGGGGGUUUGUUGAGGAGGGAAGAAGGUAUUUCAAGAUGAUUGAAGAGUGGGGUUUGGAACCAAGAGUUCAACAUUAUGCAUGCUUGGUUUAUUUGAUUGGGAAAAGUGGGAAACUAGAGGAAGCUUAUGAGAUUAUCAGAACAAUGAGAGUUGAACCAAAUGUUGUUGUCUUGGGUUCUUUCUUGUCGGCUUGUAAGGAGCACAAGCAAUUUGGGAUUGCUGAGAGGGUGAUUGAGCAGGUUCUAAGGAUGGCAAAUCCAGACAAUGAUAGAGGGCUUUAUAGCCUUAUUGCCGAUUUGUAUGUCAUUGGUGAGAAAUUUGAACAGGCUGAAAGGUUGAAGAAAUCGAUGGUUAAUGAGUGCGUGAGACAAGCAAAGAGGUUAAGUUUUGACAGAAACGUAUUUAUAUAA